GCAGCGCGUGGUAGUCGUGCGUCACUCGACAAGCCGCGAGGACCAGUGGCAAUCAGUGAUCAGUCCUCCUCCUCCUGUGUCGCGAGUGUUGUGCUGUGCUGUGUCUGUGCCCAGUGCUCCCCGCAGGACCCCCGGAUUUUAUCCUCGGCGGGACCAGAGACUGAUGGGUUAAUCGGAGCCACGCGGAGCGGAAGAGCUGAAAAUGUGGUUCGAGGACCCAGGGACUGAAGAGUUCAGGGGCUUGAACCUGAAAACGCUGGACGUUGACGAGGCCUACUUGAACAUCACUCUCACACCAGAUGCUCCUCAAUCGCUGCACCUUUACUCUCUCACGAGCAACUGCCAUCAGUGUCCCUACUCGCUGGUGACGAGCAUCGCUUUCUCCACGAUUCUGACGGUCUCCGCUGCAUGGCACACCAAGUGGCGCCUCUACGCGGACAAAAGCGCAACCUUGCACAAACCAGUGUCCGACUCCAGGUUGCUGCACUGCGAGUUCUCAUCUCCGGAUUUGGGCGAGUUCGGCGUCUACGACGUCCUGGUGACCGAGGACAGAUGUCACGUCCACACGGCCAAGACCCCCGUCAACAUUUACGCACCAUUGAUACUAGCUGUCCUCGCAAUUUUAGCGCUUUUGACAGGGUACAUUAUUUUGGAAAACUUCUUGGAGUCACGGAAAAAAGUCAUCGAUGAGGACGAUCCUGACUAUGAGAAAAGUCCGAAGAGAAGAGUGAACUGUGUUGACACGUUUCGAGGGUUUGCGAUCAUCUUAAUGAUUUUCAUAAACGACGGAGGGGCUAGUUACGUGUUUUUAGAGCAUGCGACCUGGGAUGGCAUUCAUCUUGCGGACUUCAUUUUUCCAUGGUUCCUGUGGAUUAUGGGGGUCUGCAUUCCACUUUCCGUAAGGUCGAGUAUGAAAACCGGCGCGCCGAGGUAUCAAGUGCUCGGCAGGAUACUCAGGCGGACGUUCUUACUUUUCCUGAUCGGCGUUGCACUGGGCACGGUGGUGGACAAGCCUUUCCUAGAAUCAAUUCGAAUCAUGGGUGUGCUUCAAAGAAUUGCGAUUUGUUAUUUCGUUGUUGCUUUCUUCGCCACAAUCCUGUACUUCAACGUAAACUUCAAGAAUAAAUUCCUUGUCGCCCUCAAGGACCUUAUCAUUCCGUUGCCGCAAUGGGUUUUCCACGGUGCAAUCGUUGCUUUCCACACUUGGGUUGUCUUCACAAUCGCCGCCCCCGGAUGUCCCAAAGGGUACAUGGGUCCUGGUGGCAUUCAAAACAAUGGGAUUUACAAGAACUGCACUGGAGGAAUAUCCGGUCACAUCGAUAGGACGAUCCUAGGAGUUGAGCACACGAGAAUCUUCCCAUGGUCUGGAGUGGUCAACGUCUACAAGGGUCUACCUUUGGAGUCAGAGGGAGUCUUCAGUUCUCUCCUGGCAAUAUUCCAGACUUUCUUGGGAGCUCAAGCUGGCUACAUUCUGUUGCAUCAAAAAUCGGUAGCAGCUCAAGUAAAACGAUGGUUCCUGUGGGGUUUCACUUGCGGUUUGGUCGGAAUCGGGUUGAACUACCCUUGGAGUAACCCUCUUAUUCCAAUAGUGAAGGAUCUCUGGACUAUGUCAUUCGUUCUGAUCACUUCCUCGCUGGCCUUUUUCUUCCUGGGGAUUUUGGCCAUUAUCUGUGACCACAGUCGUAUAUGGUCUGGCGCUCCAUUCAGCUUUACCGGUAAAAAUUCCACAUUCCUGUACAUCGGGCACUUUUUGUGCUAUCAGAUGUUCCCAUGGCACUGGAUAUGGGGGAAGAUGAACACGCAUACCAUUCAGCUCGCCGAAAACUUGUGGGGUCUUUCUCUCUGGAUUCUUUUCGCAUACUAUCUCCAUCGCAAGAAAUUCUACUUAACUUUGUAAUCAAGCCCAUUUCAUAUAACCUCAUCAUCCAUUUCCCAUCAUGAAUUUUAUCAAAAAGGCAGAUCAUGUUUACUUUGUUUAACAUCCCUUGCCGCAAGACUGGAUAACUUCACUUUUGUGGAACACCUCUUAUCAUGUCGGCACAGAAUGUCAACCAAAAUAUUUUUGGUACACUAAUAUUUUAGCAUUCAAGACCUAUUUAGUGCCUCUAUUAUUGCACAAAGUUGUGUUCAGUUCAUGCCGGAGAAGAGUAAUUUUCUCUUUUAUUCAGCUGUGUGAACAAUAAAUCUAUAUGUCUCUGUAGUACAUAGAAAUUCAUUCAACUGUGUGAACGUUCAAUGAGUUUUUGAGUUCUGUGAUCUGAAAAAAGAACGUAAUUUUUUUAAUCAUAUCAUUACAUUUUGUACAUGUUAGUUUGUAAGUAGGUAUUUAAGUAUUGUUUUCCUUGAAUUAAUGCAUCACUUAUGCAAGCAAGAAAUAGAAAGGUUUCACUCCUUCAGUUACCUGAUACAAAAUACUAUAAAUUUAUGGAGCAAAAUUUGGAUAUAAAUAAAAAUUAAAAAUCAAUAUCAAAAGUUACAGAAGUUAUUUUCUCAGAUAUCGAUAUAUUACAUUCCUCGAUUCAUUUGCUCACUUUCUCUGUAACUAACGUGUUUCAUGUAAAAUAAUCCGGUCAUAUUGAUAAAAAGUAGAGGCUUUUAAAGACCUUUUUUAUGAAAGGUUUCAAAUUAGUACUAGGAUUUCGUGUUAUGUUUAUAAUUACAAAAUCACUUUCAAUGGUCUCAGAAAAUAAAGACAAUUUAUUUCAUUUUUCCACGUCGAAAAAUGUUUCGUCCGUUCAAACAUUCAUGCUUUACUUCAUCACAUAGUUUCCAUGUUAUUUAUUUUUAAAUACAUAUUUUUAUUUGUAAAUAACAA